AUGGCGAUUGCAACAUCGAUGAGUUUGAAUCUAAUUGGAGCGUUCAAAGGCUUAUCCCUCUCUUCAACCUCGUCUUUCCUCAGAGGCGAUUUGAAUCUAAACCCUAAAACCUCCUUCACUGUGAGGCUUCCCUUGGAAAAGCUCCAAGCUCCGAUUCCAUUGACGAUUGAAUCUGCGCACAAGAAAGGAGCUGGAAGUACCAAGAAUGGUCGUGAUUCUCCGGGACAAAGACUCGGCGUCAAGAUUUACGGUGACCAAGUCGCUAAACCCGGCGCCAUCAUCGUUCGUCAACGUGGCACUAAGUUCCAUGCUGGGAAGAACGUUGGGAUUGGUAAAGACCAUACAAUCUUUUCUUUAAUCGAUGGAUUAGUCAAGUUCGAGAAAUUUGGUCCUGACAGGAAGAAGAUUAGUGUGUACCCAAGAGAAGUUGUGCCAGAGAAUCCCAACAGUUACAGAGCAAGAAAGAGAGAAGCUUUUAGAGUGCAGAGGGAGAAGAAGAAGGCCCGACGCGAGAACUACACCUACACGCUUCCUACCCCUCAGCUGGUUCUUGCAUCUGCAGCGAUCGAUGAUGAGGAAACCAAUUCCGAUUGCUGA